AUGACUCAUUGUAUGACGUCAUUCUUUUUUAACUUGUUGGAAACGGAAAACAUCAAAAUGAAAGAACCGCGAUCGCGAUCAAUUUCUCCCCGAUCCGGGUCCCAACCACGAUGCCAAGCUGUGUCCAGAUCACGAACUCGAUCAAGAACUAAGUCUCCGGUCGUAAUGGUAGAAGCCAAGCAGAGUAACAGAGGUCCCCUGAAAGGCAGAUCCAGGAGCCGAGGUCGUUCGAGGGGCAGUAAGCGAAAGAGAUCUCAAAGCAAAAAGUCUAGAUCUCGUUCAAAGAAACGAAAGCGAGGAGCCAGCUCCAAAAAAAGGAAAGGCGGGAAAGGAAAAAAGAAAGGAGGGAAGAAAGGCGGAGAGCCAGCAGCGAAGCCAAAAGGAACUCCCAAGACCGCGAGUGAAGGAACUGAGUCCACCACUCCCACAGAGGAAAAGACCGAGUAA